AUGAGUCCGAUGAGUCCUACUUUGCCGAAGUCGGUACACCACCAGACCUUUCGCAUCAACGCGGACAAAAGCAAGACAACAGCGGCUCCUUUCCCGAUCUGCCUGGUCACGGGCGGCGCUGGCUAUAUCGGAUCUCACACAGUUCUUGAACUACUCACUGCUGGCUUCGCGGUGGUUGUCAUUGAUAACCUCUGCAACAGCCACCUGGAGUCACUUUGUAGAGUCCACCACAUUGUUACAAAAGAGUUCGAAAGAUGCGGGGAGACUUCUCGACCGGUCCCUCCAAUACUCUUUCAUAAGGUGGAUAUCCGGGAUGCACACAGCAUUAACGCCGUCUUCACAUUCUGGCAGAAUGCCAAAGCCACGCUCGAUCCAGAGCUGCUCCCCAUCGACGUUGCAGCGAUGGUAGCUAAAAAGGCAUACCCAAUGCUGGAAUACAAGAUUGACCCUGCCAAGCGGUCACAAGUCACCCCACUGGCUGUUCACGCCGAAACUCAUGGCAAGAUCGUCUCCGUCAUUCACUUUGCCGCUUUGAAAGCGGUUGGGGAGUCAAUCUCCAAGCCACUGGACUACUAUGACACCAAUAUUGCCGGUCUUCUUGUCAUCCUCAGAGCCAUUGAACGGAACGCUAUCAACACCUUCGUCUUCUCGUCCAGUGCUGUUGUCUACGGUGCAGGUAACGAGGCCGGUAUCACAGAAGACACUGUCCAGGUUGCUGGCAAAGGUAGUGGCGGCGGUCUCCUGACCAAUCCUUACGGUCGAUCGAAGUGGAUAUCUGAAGAGAUCAUCAACGACUUCUGUGUGGCUCACCCGAAUUUCCACGCGACUUCAUUGCGUUACUUCAAUCCGACAGGAGCUCACCCAAGUGGUCUCAUCGGUGAAGAUCCCAAAGGAACUCCUAACAAUAUCGUCCCUGUCAUCAUGCAAGCCUAUUCCCGCCGUCGAAGCAGGGUACAUGUAUUUGGCUCAAACUACGACACGGCCGAUGGUACCGGCGUUCGAGAUUACAUUCAUGUUUCUGAUCUCGCAAAGGGCCAUCUAGCGGCUCUUCGAAAGGCCGUUGCUGAUACCAUGGAAAACCCCGUUGACCGAUCACCAAGUUCCCCAACGUCCCCGACUUCGCCAACGUCACCGUCACACGUCCCAGGAGCCAACUAUCAUGCUUACAAUCUUGGAACUGGCAGGGGAUACUCUGUGCUCGAGAUCAUCAAGGCUUUCUCCACAGCGGCUGGUACCUCUGUUCCUUUCACUGUCGACGCGGCACGACCAGGCGACCUGGGUACCGUAACCGCGUCCCCCGACAAAGCCUCGACCGAGCUCGAUUGGAAGGCAGAAUUCGAUCUUCAGGACAUGUGCGAAGACGUAUUCAACUGGGCUGCGGCUAAUCCGGGAGGUUACGAAGUCCUUCGGAGGAUGUCCACCAUCUCUGGAGCCUCUGGUGGCAGCGCCAACGAGAUGCGCAGAGCCAGCGUGGCAUCAAGUCUGUUCGAAAGCGAAGAGGACUACAACAACUUCGUCAUGAACACCGCCUACCAGCUUUCAAAGAAGGGAGCGGACGGCAGCUCCCGCCCCGCGUCGGUACGCCUUUCAAUGAACUCUGCAUCCAUGGGCUCUGCUCUCGCGCGGUUUCGGACCCUGUCAAUAUCGUCUGCUUCAAGUGAGGAAGACAAGAGUGCGGCCUCUAGCCCUACCGUGCCGCGAUUCACGAUGACCUGGGAAAAUAGCUCCCGGCGGCCGCUUUCUCAGAUAGGGCCGAUGACGCCGACAGGCUUGCAACCCACGAUCGAGGAAGAGGAGCCCACGAACGCGAAUCCUGUUCCAGUCUAA